GAUUAAAAAAUCAAAAGCUAUGGAGAUCCAGUAUGCUUGGGAAGGGGGGGGAGGGCAGCCAAACCAGCACCCAGACAAAUUCACAACAGAUCCUUCCCCAUAGGCUGCAUGCAGCAGGGCAGCAGCACACUCCUGCAACGUGCUUUUCUCACUGCUACUUUGCAGCCAGCUCCACCUGCACUCCCUGCCUGGAGCACCAGUGGUCCCCUGCCAGGAGCACGCAGUGCUACGACCGCAGUGAGAGAUUCCUCCGUUGGGACGAGCCGCUCACGGUUGGCUUGCUGAUAUCCACGUCCAUCAUCACAUCCCUGAUCUGUCUGACGGCCGUGCUCUUCAUUAAGAACCUCAGCACCCCCCUCGUGCAGGCUUCUGGAGGCAGCCUGAACCUCUUUGCCUUGUUUGCACUCGUGCUGAUGUGCCUCAGCUCCUGUCUCUUCAUAGGGAAGCCCAGCAACAACCUCUGCAUGAUGCAGCAGAUUCUCUAUGCCCUGUGCCUCAACGCCUGCUUCUCCACCUUCCUCACCAAGUCCUUGGAGAUCGCCCUGCUGACAGAAUUCCCUCGCUGUGCCCGCACUGCCCUGCGCUGGGUGACGCCAAGCAGGGCCUGGCUCCUUGUAGCCCUGUGCCUCCUCAGCGAGUGCCUCUUCUGUUUCUGCUACCUGCACCUGGGCCCUGACUACGUGCUGCCUGACUACACCUCGCUGCCCACGGAGGUUCUGCUCACGUGUAGCACCGCGUCCUGGCUUGCCUUCGCCUUGAUGCAUGGCUACAAUGGCUGCUUGGCCUUCGUCUGCUUCCUGUGCACGUUCAUGGUACAGACCUCUGGGAAGAAGUACAACAUGGCCAGGGGGAUCACAUUCGCCAUCCUCAUCUACUUCAUCAUCUGGAUCUUCUUUGUUGCCAUCUUUGCCACUCUGAGGACAGUCCUCAGGUCUGUGAUUCAGAUUGGUACCAUUCUGAUGGUCAGUCUGGGUAUUGUGGGGACCUACUACAUCCCCAAAUGCUACAUCCUCUUGCUGAAGCCUGAUUUGAACAGAGAAGAUUAUUUCCAGUACUCCACCAAAGAGGAGCCAGAAGGAGACCCUCAAUAAACAGGCAACAAACCAGAUCUAUUGUAGAUCAUUAGAAGCUGGCUGUAUCUUAUAUCAUAUCAUAGAAUCACACCAUAGAAUGGCCUGGGAUGAAAAGGACCACAAUAAUCAUCUAGUUUCAACCCCUCUGCUAUGUGCAGGGUCACCAACCACCAGACCAGGCUACCCAGAGCCACAUUUUAGCAAGAAUACUCUGUUCAGAAUGACUCUAUAAGGUAUGAUGCAAACUCGAUCACCAAUUUAAUGUAACUAAUGUGAAACAAAGCUAAACCUUCCAAAGCCAAUGUUUAAAUUUGUGUUCUAUGUGGGGAAAAAAAUAAAAAAAUAAAAAAUCUUGAUUUGGACACAAAACUACAGAAACCAUUUUGAGGUAUAAGGGCAGCUGUAUGUGUGACAUGAGAAGUGCAUGACCCAUUCAAAUAUCAAUUCACUCAUUUGUAUUUCAUUAACGUGUCAGCAAACAUGGAAAUGAGGACGAGGCACACAGAAACAAAGUGCAAAUCACACUAUCACAGUCACUCCAAGAAAUCCCUUCUAUCUCAAAUCACAUGCAAAGAUCAAUGGGGAGGAACACCUCUUACCCACAGGGACAUUCUGCCAAGGGGACAGAAUGAAUCAAACACUGUAAGCACCAGGAAACAUCCUUAAUCUCUGCAGCACAUCUGUUGUUCACUGCACAGGAGGAGAAUUCUCAGCUCCAAGAAGGGCAGUGCUUUGCUCCAUUCAAUAGCAAAGUUACAAAAUGGGUAACAGUGAUCGUUUCAGAAGGCAUGACAGAUCCUCGUAAAGGAAAAAAGCAGACUGACCCUGACAAAAGCUGCUUGCUAACCAUCCCCAGUCAAUAUCUAGCUAAUAUUCUAAAUGUUCUACAUCAA